UCUCCCUCUCUUAUUUGCUUCCCAGUUGCCGCUAUACCCAGUGACUACUGUGUUGAUUGAUUUCAGUGCCACUGUCCCUCCCAUCCAUUUGCCAAUUUUCAUGUCGCCGUAUACGAAUUCGAAAUUCUAUUCAGUGGUUUUGGAAUAUUUGCUAAUUGUUGUUCUAUAGUUCCCUCGCAAUGUACAAGCCAUUACAUUUGAUGUUUUCAACAAACUAUAUGUAAUUUCCAACUCUUUUUAAGGUUGCAAUUACAUGCUCUCAGUGCUACUUCUAAGAAUAGCAAUAAGUUUUUUAGUGUAGCGUAGACAUGCACAUGCUGUGUACUAAAACUGCUACUCAUAAUAAUUUUUUUUCUCUAUGCCGCUUUCAAGAAACUUGUAUGCGUGUUCUUUCUUUCUGCAACUCAAACUCCCUCUACCAAGGACUAUGUAUUCAUACCCCUAUUAUCAAAUUGGGUCUUCAACAUGACUUAUAUUUGACCAACAAUUUACUCUCUUUAUAUGCUAAAUGCUUUGGAGUUUUUCAAGCACGCCAAUUCUUUGAUGAAAUGCCUUACAAAGAUGUUGUAUCAUGGACCACGGUUCUGUCUUCUCACACCAAGAAUAACCAUCAUUUUGAUGCACUUGAACUGUUUGAUAUGAUGCUAGGAUCGGGUCAGUGCCCGAACGAGUUUACGUUGUCCAGUGCCUUGAGAUCAUGUUCUGCUUUAGGGGAGUUUGAUGUUGGGACACAAAUUCAUGCAUCUGUUGUGAAGCUUGGGUUAGAGCUGAACCCUUUUUUAGGAACUUCUUUGAUUGAGUUUUACUCCAAGUGUGGUUGUAAUGUUGAUUCAUAUAAAUUGGUUUCGUUAGUGAAGCAUGGUGGUGAUGUUGUGACUUGGACAACAAUGAUAUCUUCUUUAGUGGAAGAUGGUAAAUGGGGUGAAGCUUUAGAAAUCUAUGUGAAAAUGAUUGAAGCUGGUGUUUACCCGAAUGAGUUUACAUUUGUUAAACUAUUAGGUGUGGUGUCUUCUUUUCUUGGUUUGGUUUAUGGGAGAAUUUUGCAUGCACAGUUAAUCAGAUUUGGUGCUGAAAUGAAUUUGGUGUUGAAGACGGCCAUUGUUGAUAUGUAUUCGAAAUGCAGACGGAUGGAAGAUGCUGUUAAGGUCUUCAAUCUGACACCUGAAUACGAUGUGUGCUUAUGGACCACCGUUAUAUCUGGAUUUACUCAAAAUUCGCAGGUUAGUGAGGCUGUCCGUGCAUUUCAUGAUAUGGAAUUAUCUGGAAUCCUACCAAAUAAUUUUACAUUUGCUAGUUUAUUGAAUGCUAGCUCCUCAGUUUUAUCAUUGGACCUAGGGAAACAAUUUCAUUCUCGAGUUAUUAGUAUUGGACUUGAGGAUGAUCUUUAUGUAGGAAAUACACUGGUUGAUAUGUACAUGAAAUGCUCCCACAUCACAACAGAUGCUGUGAAAGCUUUUAGAGGGAUAGCAUCACCAAAUGUCAUCUCUUGGACUUCUUUGAUUGCCGGUUUUGCAGAACAUGGUUUAGAACAGUAUUCUUUUCAGUUGUUUGCUGAGAUGCAAGCAGCAGGAAUGCAACCGAAUUUGUUUACAUUAUCUACCAUUCUAGGAGCUUGCGGCAAAAUGAGGUCUCCUGUUCCAACAAUGAUGCUCCAUGGACAUAUCAUAAAAACAAAAGCAGACGUAGAUAUAGCUGUUGGGAAUGCUCUUGUUGAUGCUUAUGCUGGAGGGGGGAUGACGGAUGAGGCAUGGUCAGUUAUGCGUUUGAUGAAUCGUAGAGAUCCCAUCACGUACACAAGUUUAGUCGCAAGACUAAACCAGAAGGGGGAUCAUGGAAUGGCAUUGAAAGUUUUCAUUCACAUGCGCAAUGAUGGGAUUGAGAUGGAUGAGUUUAGCUUGCCAUGUUUCUUAUCAGCAGCAGCUGGCUUAGGCACUAUGGAAACUGGAAAGCAGCUGCAUUGUUACUCUGUCAAAUCAGGCUUCCAGAGAUUUAACUCAGUUUCAAACAGCUUAGUUCAUUUGUACAGCAAAUGCGGUAGUACGCACCAUGCACAUAGAGCUUUCAAAGAUAUGAAUAAGCCAGAUCAGUUUUCAUGGAAUGGUUUGAUAUCUGGUUUGGCAUUGAAUGGAUAUAUAUCCCAAGCUCUUUCCGCUUUUGAUGACAUGAGGUUAGCAGGAGUUAAACCUGAUUCUGUCACACUCUUAUCACUGAUUUCUGCUUGCAGCCAUGGUGGCUUAUUGGAUCUAGGUCUUGAGUAUUUCUAUUCUAUGGAAAAAGCAUACCACAUAACACCAAAAUUGGAUCACUAUGUGUGUUUAGUUGAUCUCCUUGGUAGAGGUGGUCGUCUAGAGGAAGCUACGGGAGUUAUCGAAACAAUGCCUUUCGAACCAGACUCUAUGAUUUGUAAAACUUUAUUAAAUGCUUGCAACUUACAUGGAAAUGUUGCAUUAGGAGAAGAUAUGGCUAGAAGGUGUCUUGAGCUUGAUCCAUCUGAUCCUGCAAUAUAUUUGCUGCUUGCGAACUUGUAUGACAACGCUGGACUCUCCGAUUUUGGAGAGAAGACACGUAGGUUGAUGAAAGAAAGAGGUUUAAGGAGAAGUCCUGGACAGUGCUGGAUGGAGAUAAGAAGCAAGAUUUGUCACUUUUCCACAGGAGAGAAGAUCAACGAUGAUGAAGUUAAUGAAAAGCUGAAGUUUCUUGUAACUGAAUUUAGGAAUAGAGGGUAUCCAUACCAAGAGAAUGAAGAUAUGUUAUACCACUCAGAGCAAUUGGCAGUUGCAUAUGGUGUUCUUAAUGUACCAACUAUGGCUCCGAUACGCAUAAACAAGAAUUCUCUGAUCUGCCCUCACUGCCAUACUUUUAUAAUGCUUUCAACACAAGUGAUUGGGAGGGAGAUAAUUGUAAGGGAUGGGAAACGAUUCCAUUUCUUUAAGAAUGGCAAGUGUUCUUGCAGAGGUCACUCAUGAUGCAGAAACGUUUCCUUGUUUUUUUUGCUAAAUAUAUUACAUUGAUGAUCCUUGAAUUUUGAAGGGAAGAUAACAAAUAUUGUUGAUGUAACAUAAGUAAGCUGGUUUUCACUUGCAUAUAAAAUAGGUUCUAAAAGUUUUCAGAAAACAAUCUGAAGCCCUGAGCUCUUAGAGAAGAUGCAGAACAAUUUGGAAGCUUUUCCACAACAAAAUUAAUCUCCAUGUUGAGUCAUAUAACUGGACAAAUGCCAUGUUAUGUUGGAAAAGAGUAACUGUCCACUUUCAGCAUGAAAAGAAUUGGACGAGCAGAAACUUUUGUGAAUUAUGAAUUGACGUUCUUAUAUUACAUUGUUUUUAACUAAGAAUUACUCAAUCUCAAAUUUCCAUUUGCUUUAUAUUUUC